AUGUCUGGAGAAUCCGCCACCGCUAUUCACAAGGGUCAAGUUGAUCUCUUAGACUUCAUAGAUUGGAUUGGUGUUGAAUGCCUCAAUCAAAGCACCACUCUCUCUGUUUCCAGUGCUAUCAAACAGGGUUAUAGAGAAGAUAAAGGUUUUCAUCUAGAAAUUGAUGCAUAUGAACAAUUUUUGCUUUAUAUUGCUUUCACCCAAGUUAUUAAACUUUAUUCCAUUAUUGUCAAAGGUCCUGAAGAUAAAGGAGGUGCUGAAAGGGAACAAGGAUUACUUCAGAUACUGACUGAGAUGGACGGAUUCAAAGUUUCCACAGCACAGGUGGUUGUGAUAGGUGCUACAAAUAGAUUGGAUAUUAUUGAUCCUGCUCUUUUGAGGAAGGGUCGUUUCGACAAGAUCAUUAGAGUUGGUUUGCCUUUAAGAGAUAGAAGACUUGCCAUUUUGAAGGUGCAUGCUAUGAAUAAGUAUUUUCGCUCAGAAGAAGAAAAAGAUACUCUGCUUAACGAAAUUGCAGAGCUAACAGAAGAUUUUACUGGGGCAGAGCUGCAGAAUAUACUGAACGAAGCUGGAAUUUUAACGGCCAGGAAGGAUUUGGAUUAUAUUGGGCGUGACGAGUUGCUUGAGGCAUUAAAAAGGCAAAAAGGAACAUUUGAAACAGGGCAAGAGGACACUACAGAAAUUCCUGAAGAACUGAGACUGAGAUUGGCAUAUAGAGAAGCAGCUGUUGCUGUUAUUGCAUGUUAUUUUCCUGAGCCACUCCGCCCUUUUGUUGAGACUGAUAUAAGUUCUAUUUGCAGCCAGCCAAAUAUGUCUUAUAGUGAAGUUUCUGGAAAGGUUUUUUCUAGAAAAUCAGAUUACAUAAACUCUAUAGUGCGUUCUUGUGCUCCAAGAGUAAUUGAGGAGGAGAUGUUCGGGAUAGAUAACUUGUGUUGGAUGUCUGCAAAUGCAACAUCAGAAGCUUCAAGGCUUGCAGAAUUUUUGAUUCUGCAGACUGGUAUGACUGCAUUUGGGAAAGCAUAUUACAGAAACAAAGGCGAUCUUGUGUCUAAUCUUGCAACGAAGCUUGAGGCACUCCGAGAUGAGUAUAUGCGUUAUGGUACAGAGAAGUGUUUAUCAGUGCUAAGAGAAUACCAUUCAGCGGUUGAGACAAUCACAGAGAUUUUGCUUGAAAAGGGGAAGAUCAAAGCUGAGGAGAUUUGGGACAUUUAUAAGAGUGCUCCUCGUGUAGCUCAGCCUUCUGUGAGUCCACUUGAUGAAUAUGGAGCACUGAUUUAUGCUGGACGAUGGGGAAUCCAUGGGAUCAGUCUUCCUGAGAGGGUUACAUUUGCACCGGGCAAUGCUGGAUUUUCAACCUUUGGCGCACCACGCCCUACAGAGACGCAAAUUGUUAAUGAUGAAACAUGGAAGCUAGUAGAUGAUGUCUGGGAUAAAAAGGUUCAGGAUAUUAGAGAUGAUACUUUAAGGGAGAUUGAAGAAGAGAAAGAAAAGCCGCAAAGGGAAUUCCAUUUGACAGGGAAUUCCAUUCCUUCUUGA